ACCGCCAAGAAGUCUUUAACUGUUUUACAUUCAUCUGUUUCCGAUCAUUGCCCAACACGAAAACCUCAGUGGGACUCAGCGGCCCCUGUCCAGGCCCGCGGCUCGCGACUCGCACUGACGUCCGCGCGGGAGCUCAGAGGCUCUGUGACUUCAGGUCUAGGCCCCGCCCCCGAGUCGGAGCCAAUCGGCGCGCGGGGGCGGGGCUUCCAGAAAGGCGCUCGUGCGCCGCCGGCGCGGGAGAGAUGGACCGACCCUCUCGCAGCGCCCGGGCCUCGGCCCCGCCGCCGCCACCCCGGCCGCGGCCGCCCGCGAGCGCCGAGGAGGAGCUGCCCGACUGCCCGGACCACCACUACCUGCGCGACUUCCCGGCCUGCGGGGCGGGGCGCAGCAAGGGUCGGACGCGGCGGGAGCGGGAACUGCGCACCAACUGGCGGGUGCCCGGUGGCCACGAGCGCAAGAUCGCGCAGAAGCUCGUCAACGGGCAGCGCCGGCGGCGCCAGCGGCAGCUGCAGCCCCGGCCGCGGACUCGUCUUGCCUGAGCCGGGAUCCCCAAAGGACCUGAUCAAAGUAUUUUCUCUGACUCCAGCUGUAACUGUGGUCCAAUGAGAGAGAGAAUCCAUGUCGAUCAACAGAACUUUUGGACUUCGCUUAAGUUUACUUUUACUUUAACUGACUGUCUUUUACUUACUGACUGUUAAGUAAGUAACACCCAAGUGGGUAUGCCUUUUUAGGGUUUUUAAUUAAAAAAGGAGCAGCAAGGA